AUGGCGGUUGAUUGGACUUCAAGGUUUAGAAGAAUCAACAGUCAAACGCGAAACAUUCGUGAAAAUGUACCACAGACAGGGCCUUUCAGGGCCACACAGCUUUGGCAGAGCAUUAUUCAGGCGCUACAGACGCAAGUGGAGGUGAGGUGCCGACGGCAGCAUUUGCGUUCACACAGCGAUUGUUUCACUGGCUCGGACGCUGUGGACGUCGUUCUCAGUCACCUCAUGCAAAACGUGCUGUUCAGGAACAGUGAAGUGUCGCGUCUGAAAGCUGUCCGACUCUGCCAGGCGCUGAUGGAGGCGCGAGUAUUUGAACCAGUGGGCAUGAAACUUUUCCGCAGAGAGAGAGAGAUGACUUUUGAAGACUCCAGCUGUAGCCUUUAUCGCUUCCUGGAGUGCAGUGCUCUGGUUGGUUCUGCAAAGCACCAUGGUGAUGUAGACAAUGCAAGUUCAGACAAAACAGAGAGAAAAAGAAAGAGGGACUCCAGGUUGAAUGAGUUCAAGACCAUUUCAAACCCCUUGGCUUUGGGCUCAUCAGACAGAAGGGUGGAGAGACUUCUACAGAUGAUCAACCUCCAGCCAUGUAUCCCCUCCACACCAGCACCUGCAGUAUCUUCCAUUACUUACCUGUCCAAGAGAGUGGUACAGGAGGUGUGGAAACAACAGACAAUGUUGCAUUUGCUGCAGCUGGUGGAGCUGCCCAUAUUAGAUCGCAUCUUAACAACACCUAGCAAACCUGAGCCUGGGCAUGUGAUGUCAAGGCAUAACCGGGAUGACCUGGUUAUCUCCAAUACCUGUGUGGAUCGGGAGAUAUCUCAGAGCCUCAACUUACAGGAGUUGGAUUCGUGGCUGGUGGCAGCCGUUGACUGCUUGGAGCUGUUCCCAGACCAGUUAAUUGUGUUAGCAGGAGAGCACCUCCUCCAGCUGAGCAGCACAGAGCAGAGUGAGAAGUCGGGUGCCCAGAAGAAGCUACUCUUUGACACCAUUGCUAAAUACUACAAUAGUCAGGAGAGGCCUCCUCUGCUCUGUGGACGUCAUGCAGACAUCCACGCUGGCAUCCUCCAGCUACUAGACUAUGGAAGAACAGAGGACGCUGUGAAGGCUUCUCAGCUCUGUCUGCGAUUGUUGGAGUCCAGUUCCAGAGAUGAGCUGCGUAGGUUGUUGGGUUUCAUGGCUGUGGCUGCAAACCCAGAGGCUUAUCGGCUCUUGAAACAGACAGAAAACCGCGUGCUGGUUAACAGGACAUUUGCCAGAGCCAUUAUCCAGAGUAAAGAGAUGAGUCGUGCCCAGAGCGAGCAGCUGUCACGCUUCCUCAUGGAUCACCACACACACCUCUUUAAGACUCCAGUUUCACUCAUUGAAGCAGUGAGAGAGACAUUGCAAAACUUGCAGCAGGGGAUUGAUCCAGACAAAAUAGCGAUGUUCACAUUUUGCCAGCAGGUGUCACUGCAGCAGUAUGAGACUCAGCGAGAGAAAACAACUCUGGAGAGCUUAAAGCAACUCAUCAAGCACAUCAAUCUGAGUAACAGCCUAUCCGUUAAAGAGAAGAAUCGACUCAUCAAAGAGUUUCAGAAGCAUCACCCCAUGGUGUUUCUCCAGCACUUCUCCACCCUCUAG